AAUAAUGCAGGUAAUCUAAAAAGGACAGAAGAACAGCAAGGUUUGGAUGAAGGGUUUGACUCUCUUACAGAUCAGAGCACUGGAGAGACUGAUCCUGAUGAUGUAUCUGGAGUGCAGCCUAAAGGUCAUAUUAACACGAAGAAAAACUUUACAGCUCUUAAUACUUCCAAAGUAGAUCACAAUGUCCCAAGGCAUCGUUGUAUGUUAUGUAACAAGGAAUUUCUAGGUGGUCACAUCGUAAGGCAUGCCCAGGCUCAUCAGAAAAAAGGCAGUUUUGCAUGUGUAAUAUGUGGUAGGAAAUUUAGAAACAGAGGACUCAUGCAGAAGCAUUUAAAGAAUCAUGUUAAGAAGAUACAGAGACAGCAAAUUGCUGCAGCUCAACAGGAUGAUCAGGAAGUCACUGCUUUGGGAGAAAUCAAUUGUUCUAAUUCUUCCAUUUCAUUUGAAAAUGGGAAUUCAGAUAGUAAAGAUUUGGAAGUAGAGACUCUUACUGCUUCUAGUGAAGGAAACAAGGAAGUCAUCCCUGAGCAUGUGGCUGAAUUCAUUGAAAUCCCCAUAAGUGAACCAGAAGAUGUUACUGAAAAUGUUAUGGAAAAUGGCAGUCCUGUAACUUCUUUAAAUAAUGUCUUGAAGCCUUUACCUGAAUGUGGGGAUGAUUAUGAGGAGGAAGAGGAUGAAGAAGGUGAUUAUGAAGAUGAUGAUUAUGACCUGAAUCAAGAAACUUCAGUAAUUCAUAAAAUCAAUGGAACUGUAUGCCAUCCAAAAGACAUAUAUGCCACAGAUCAAGAAGGAAACUUUAAGUGUCCUGCUCUUGGCUGUGUCCGGAUAUUUAAAAGAAUUGGGUUUCUAAAUAAACAUGCAAUGACCGUACAUCCAACUGAUUUAAAUGUGCGACAAACAGUAAUGAAGUGGAGCAAAGGAAAAUGCAAAUUUUGUCAAAGGCAAUUUGAAGAUUCUCAACAUUUUAUAGACCACCUUAAUAGACACAGCUAUCCAAAUGUGUAUUUUUGUUUGCAUUUUAAUUGCAACGAGUCAUUUAAGCUGCCAUUCCAGCUUGCCCAGCACACAAAAAGUCACAGGAUAUUUCAAGCUCAGUGUAGUUUUCCAGAAUGCCAUGAGCUUUUUGAAGAUCUUCCUCUGCUAUAUGAACAUGAAGCUCAGCACUAUUUAAGUAAAACACCAGAAUCAUCUGCACAACCAAGUGAAACAAUUCUUUGGGAUGUUCAUACAGACUCAAAUCCUAAUCAUCAGGAAAAAGACUCAUCUAGUAAUGAGAAACAAACUAUUAGUCUGCCAGUUUCUACUAGCAAAUCAAGGAAAGAGUCUACAGAACCAAAGACAUGUAUAGAAAGUAUGGAAAAGAAAACAGACAGUUUAGUUCAGAAUGGAAAUGAACGUUCUGAUGACACUGUUUCAAAUAUAAGCUUGAUAGACCAAAAGAUGCCUGACAUAGAGCCAAAUUCUGAAAAUAAUUGUAGCAGUAGUGAUUUAGUCAAUGGACAUAGUGAAAUAGAGCAAACACCUUUAGUUUCAUCGGAUCCUGCUUUGAAAAUUGAUACAAACAGAAUCAGGACAGAAAAUGGUUCCAUUUUACCCAGUGUUGUACCACAAGAACACAAUACCUUGCCAGUAUCUCAGGCACCUUCCAAACCAAAUCUGACAAGUGAACAUACUUCAUAUGGCUUAAUUUUAACAAAACCAUACGUCAGACCAUUGCCUCCCAGUUACCUUGACGAACGGUAUCUUAGUAUGCCAAAACGCAGAAAAUUUCUGACUGAUAGAGUAGAUGCCUGUUCUGAUCAAGAUAACGUAUAUAAAAAAUCAGUGAAAAGAUUAAGAUGUGGCAAAUGCCUGACCACCUACUGUAAUGCAGAAGCACUUGAGGCUCAUCUUGCACAAAAGAAAUGUCAGACACUCUUUGGAUUUGAUUCAGAUGAUGAAAGUGCCUGAUGAAAAUAUUUCAGAAAGACCUAUCAAUCAAGCAGUAGUGUGAAAAAAACACUAUAAGAAAAUGCAUCAUCAGUUUGCUAUUUCCCUGAUGGCCUUAAUUUUAGAGUGGUCUCGGAUUACUAAAGAUAAAGACAAAGCACAUUUUCUAGAAUGAACUCACAGAGAUGUGCUGGCUUAGACUCCAAAAGGGUUAUUAUAAAACUCCCAAAGUACCAGUUUUCCAGAAAACCACAUUUUAAAGUUUAUGAUGAUUAAUAGCAGCAGCAUGUUCAGUUUCGCUUAUAUGAGAAACAUGUUUAGGCAACUAGUCAGAAAACCAGCGAUGGCCUUACAGAAAGGGAAAAGUUAACACAUUAUUAAAAAGUGUGUGUGGUGAGGGGGGCUGGUUUACAAUAAUAAACCAUUUAAAGUAUUUUAUGCUACAAAUGGGGUUUGUUUUCUCGUCAUGCAUAAUCAGAUUAUGUCCCCUCCCUUCUGGUCAAACAUGUUGAAGGAACCGCUGCUGUUUGGUUUGUGAUGAUUUAGAAACUUAUACAUUAACAUACCACAGUGCUAUCAAUUAAAGAUUGUAACUGGCUUCCAGAUGAUUAAUUAAGUCAAAGUUCAAUGAAUGGCACGCCAGCAUUGAAAAUUAAGAAAUUAAAAAAAAACCACAGUGCUUUGCUAAUAAGCUCUUGAUGGAACCUCCCACUAACCACUUUUGUGGUAUACAUUAGUUACAUUUAAAGGGCAGCAGUGUCAAUUAAAAUAGGGGAAAAAAAACCAUCAGUAACUCUGGGGAGAGAUGAAAGGAAUCUAAGACUUUACAGGCUUUGUAGUUGAAGGAAAACACUGAAUUGCAAAUUAUUCAAUGUGAAUAAUGGUAAAAGCACACUGGGAUAUUUCUGUUUGUAUAUAUGUUGGGACAUUGCUUGAUGAUUCAUAGUAAGGUCCUUUAGACAUUAAUAUGAGUUAUCUAAGUACAGUCCUAUUAAAAUAACUGGCUCAAAAAAUCAGCUAAGAAUCAGGUUGAGAAUUCAUUCAUUUUAUUCUAUUAGGAGAGGUAAUUCCAAAAUAAGCCAUACUACUCCUGUUUUUUUAUUCAUUAGUGAUGACUCUGGUCUGAAUAGUAAUUUUUAUAUGUAAAAGGCAGUAGUUACACAAAACAUUUGCACAACACAAUAAGAGAUACAUUCAUGCAUUGUUUUCCUUAGUGAUAAGUUAUUUUCCUAAGAAAAUUUUAAAGUGUUAACAAAAUAAAUAUUUUUUAAAAUACUCUCUCAGAUGUUUUCCAUUUGUCCAUUAUGGAAAGGAAGAUGCUUAAAGACUUCCUUUUACCUAAUAGUGUGUGAAUCUAAAACAGGGAUAAAAAUAACAAAAAGGCAAACUGUUUCAAAACGGAUCUCCUAAUGUCCCAAUGUCAAAUAUUCCAGUUAUUCUAAAUAACAAAAUCUUUGUUCAAGGCAGAUAAUCUCAUCAGACCCUAUUAUUAGAGCUUCUUCAAUGAGGCUAUUAUGGAAGUGGGGAAUUUCUUCCAGGUAGCAUCCAUAUUUUAUUAGGAUUUCCAGAUCAUGAUAGAUCAGAUGAUUUUUUUUAAAUUUCCCGGUUUUAUUCGUUUAUCAUCAGCAUUCACUACUAUGCAAUGAUGGUCAUAAGUCCAUUCCAAAUUUAAAUUUGUUUCUGUUAUGUAGCCUACAUUAGGCUGUGGAAUUUACAUUUAGGUAACUAAACACAGCUCAUAAUUCAAGUCUUUUCUUUAAGGUCAGCUAAAAAAAUGUUUUCUGUAUUUCUUGAUACUAAAAAUGUAAUGAUUUUUAUUUUAGUUCAUUCUAAAAGUAUGUCUUGUAAUAAAAAGUCUGUUUGGAAACUGGUUCAUUUGGACAGUGAAGUCUUUUGAAAUAUUUCUGCUUUGUACAUUUUCCAGAAGUUUAAUAUUUUAUCACAUUUUUCACAAGUUGUAACAACUGAUAUAAAUCCAUGCCCACAAAGUAUUCCAUUUUCAUUACUUCCAUUGUUCAUGCAAAGAUGUUUCAGAUAUAUUCCAUUUGUUAUUUGUUUUUAAUUUGAGGUUUAUUUCUACUUUUGUGUUGCUAAGAGAAAAUUAUUUCUGAAAGACUGAGAUCAAACUGGUUUAUAUAUAACUAAAUCAAGGAGUGUUUUAUAAAAUUCUAUUUGACCACCCUGUCUUAACCUCGGUUUAUAUAUUUCUCAAAUAGCUAGUGAAAGAAUGUGUUCAUUUUAUUAUGUCUGUCUUUUAGCACAUAAACCUACAUCAUUUUGCUUUUAUAGGGUGCAUAAACUUCCAACAGUUCUAAUUUGAGCUUCAGAAGAAAAGGAAGCUUGCUUCUUAUUCCUCAGAUUCUUCUUCUUUUCUUCUGUUUUGAGGAUGUAUUCAUCCUACAUGGACCAAGUUUCAAAUCUUCAUUUUUAAAUAAAAAUUUCCUUCAAAAAAUUAAAUGUUAAAUUUCUGCUGUGUGUCAGUAAGGUCAAGAAAAUAGCAAAUCUGAAUUUUUGCUGCUCAGAUAUUAUGGAGGAGGUAAAAAGGGUAAUCUCCAUGGACAAGGACACUGGUACUUUGGGCUUUAGCCAUAUUCAUUUUUUUAAAACCACCAAUUAUAUAAUACUUAAAUAAUUUAUAUCAUUGAACUUGUGAUUCUUUUCAAAUCACACUGAAGGUUCAGCCGUACUCCUUUCAUGUUUGGUUUAAUACUGAUGUAUGGAUGAAAAACCUAAAAGGGAUGAUAGUGUUUAUUUUUUAAUUUAUUUGGUACUGUAAAACACCUUUUCAGAAUGAGUAAAUGCUGCAUAUGCAUUUUGGAAUUGUUAAUAUGUGAAAGAUAUUACAGAUUCAGCAAGAAAGGAAAUUUGUGCUUCCUUGUUGAAUGUUAAAUUAUUUUACUUUGCAUUUUAUAAGAGUACAAAUUAAAACUGAGCCAUUGAACUGCAAUAAAUCAACAAUAGUGUCUCAUUUCAAGAAAUUUUUUGUACUGUACAUAGAUUUGUUCAAUAAAACAUUGUCCUUGUUGGUAA